UAAAUACGAAUUAUUACGAUAUGUUUUGAAAUGUCAACAAGAUUUCCAUUAUUUGAAUCUGAAACAACUGGUGACUUGUGGUUUUCUGUUGAUAAACCAAGGAACGAAGAAGCUGAUUUACAAGCUGAAGAACAGAAAUACGAGAAUUGGCUAACAUCAGUCAUAAAGAAGGAUAGUGACACACCUUACAUUGGAGAAGCUGCUGGCAGGUAUUGUGGUUUAAAUCCUGGUGAAGACGAUUCUGAUGAUGACACUGAUGAAUCUAAUGAGGAAAUGGAAGAAGAUGAUUUAAAUGAACUUCCUGAUUCCCCUGAUGAACAAGUUAUUCCCGAGAUUGACAUGGAUGAUAAUGCAGCGCCAGAUGAUACUUGGAUGAAUAACAACAACUAAAAACAUCAAAAAAAAAAAAACUUAUAAAAAAAA